UCGCCUGAAAUUGCUGCGGAAAUGAUAAUACGCUUUCAGUGGCAGCUCUGUGCGCGGUCAUGACCUGAAUAAAAACAAUUCGCCUUAAGAGCUGUAGAUUGGGGAGAUCUCUCAUUGUGGCGCUCGUACCUCACCCACAGAGGCAGAAUGCACGACCAGAUGGUGUUCGUGGCUGCUGUAACUGUACUGGGAGUGCUUGAGCAAGCUUACUUCUCUCUCCAGGUGAUCUACGCUAGGCGGAAGUAUUCAGUAUCCCCUCCAUGCAUUACAGGUCCUCCGGAGUUUGAAAGAGUGUUCAGAGCACAAGCCAAUUGUUCUGAGUAUUUCCCAAUCUUCAUUGCCAUACUGUGGGUGUCUGGGCUCUAUUUUAACCAAGCUGCUGCAUCUCUCUGUGGGCUCCUCUACCUCUAUGGCCGAUACCAGUAUUUCCGGGGCUAUUCCAAGUCAGCACAGGGAAGACUGGCUCCAUUGUAUUUCAGCGCUAAAAUGCUGUGGGUCUUAAUUGGUCUUUCUUCGGCUGGGGUCAUCAACUACAUGUGCCAGCUAUACCUGGAAGUGGAUUUCCUUCGCUAUCUGAAGCAGCUCAUUGGACUGUAGUGGGAAAGAGCCAGAGGCUGGGGGAGAUCUGUUGGCUCGCUUCCGCAAGAAACAAACAAAAAACAAACCCCACACUUGCUGACAAGGGGAUUACUCUUUCUUGAUGUCUUGAUAAAUGUGAUGCCCAUCUAAGUUCUCAUGUAAUGUGUUUCAUGCUGCACAAACCUUGACCUAAUCUCUUGUUGAAAACUGCAUGUGUUCUCCAGGAAUGGGUUCCAUUGCUCAAUAUUGAUUUCUUUACUGUUGAAGACUUGCAGACUAAAAUGGAUCUAGAUCCCUGAAGCAUGACCUUUAACUGUGUGCUCCACAGGUUUCUGGCAUGGCGGGCUUUAUGAGUUACAUUUUGUUUUGAUGCAAUUCAUUUUCUUGCCAUUCUCUUGUCAGCCUAUAGCCCAAGAUGAGAAAUAAUGACUCUUUCUUUGCUGUUGUCAGGACUUUACAUUGUUAGUUUGCUGGUGAUUUUUUCUGGUAGAUUGUUUUAUUGCUUUCUAAGAAUUGGUUCAUAAAAAGCAUAUUGUGUUACAAUAUUAUAAGAAAAAUGCGAAUUAGUGUUUUCUAUGGAAAGCUUUGCAUGCAAUAAGGGUUGGUAAAAAGUGAAUAAGCAAAGUGUUAAUGCAGCUUUUUAAGUUCUACCUAAAAGCAACAUAUUUUACAUGUAAGAUUUUAGCCCACGCAAUAUUUUGUAAAGAAAAUUGGAGGAGGAAAUACUCCCCCUUUUCAGGAAACAUGUUUCUUUGUGUUGUCCAGAAUGUUACUUGGGUCUAUUUACCUAAUCUUUUCCUGUGAAACAUUCCUUAAAAAUGUUUUUCUUGGGACCAGUGUCUUAUUAACCUAGUUCCCCUGAGGACUUGAAAAACAGAAAUUAUUGUUUUUUUGCAUAUACAUAAAAUUUGAUUUCUUAAUACUUUCAUUACCUUGAAUUUGAUAGAACUUUUGCGGCCAACAUUUUUUAAACUUAUUCAGUGAAAGGUUUAAUGUGAUAGUCAUUUUCCCUCAUACCACUUGCUUUUUUUGCUCUGUAUUGUUAUUGUUUAUUGCUGUUUAUAGAAAGAGUAGCUUCACCCUUGUGAGAUAUAAAGUUACUAAUUUGUCCUGAUCUGUGUUUUGUUACUUAUAUCAUUAUUUGGAUAAAAAUCCUUUUCUUUUUCA